AUGACACGUUUGUCAGACGAAGUGGAGGCCGAGCGGCUCGUAGCCGCCGAGGAUUCGGACCUAGAAGACCUGCCGGCAGACGCCGCCCCGGCCCCCGGGGCAUUUCAGGCCUUUCGACAACCGCGACCAAAAUGGAGCAGAUCAUCUCAGAGGUUUAAUGGGUGGCCCGGCGGCAGCACCAUCUGGGCUUUUGGAGUGCGCGUCAAUGCCGUGCUGCUCCGGUUCCAAGCCCGUUCUCCGCGAGCCGUCAUUCUCACCCUAGCAGCCCUCAAGUUUUCCAUCACAAUAUGCGGCAUGUUGCUCAUGAUUCCGCUGUUGCGGCUGAUUGAGGACGACAUCUGUCACAAGCAUUAUAAGCUGAGCCCUUCGGAAGAAAUUCCCGAGAUGAAGUGCAAGGUGGACGAGGUGCAGAAAGACAUGGCCUGGCUUUUUGGAUGGCAGGCUUUACUAGGCGCUGUCAUCAAUUUGGUUGUUGCGUUCCCUUAUGGUAUUCUCUCAGACAGAAUCGGCCGCAAGGCAGUUUUACUGUUGGCCUAUGCCGGCACCGUCAUCUCCUUCACCUGGACACCGUUCUUUUUGGCCAACUUCCCGGAGGCGAACAUCUACUUCCUACUUUUCGGCAUGGUCUUCAGCGUCAUCGGCGGCGGCAUUGUUGUCGUGUUCAAUAACGUCUAUGCUAUGGCUGCUGACGUUAGCACCGAAAAGGACCGCGCCUCCAAUUUCGUGUACCUCUCCGUCGGUGCCGUCUCGGGCGGUCUCAUCGGCCCCGUCGUGGCGGGCGCUCUGAUGGAGAACUUCGGUCCCUGGGUACCAAUCCGCAUCGUCUUGUUACUGACACCUAUGGUUUUCCUCUCGAUUGUGCUUCUACCCGAGACGCUUCGCAUGAAAGUGGAUGAUUCCGCGAAGCCUCAGGUUCCAUUGCUAGACGCCGUGAAAGAUGCUUUCCGCAAUGGCCUGCACGAACUAAAGGAGUCUAUCGGCAUCCUCCACAACCGUAACAUUAUACUAUGCUUGAUUCCCUCGCUUCUUCACAGCGCACUCAUGGGAUCACACUCAAGCACACUCUCGCAAUACGUGAGCAAAUACUUUGGCUGGACCCUAGCACAGACAUCAUUCCUUCUCGCACCCCUAGGAAUUCUUCAUCUCGGCAUCCUUUUGGUCCUUCCCUGGAUCUCCAAAAGCCUCAUCGAUCCCCACGGUCGCUUCCGCCGUACAACUUUUGGCAAAGAUUCUAUCCUAGCGAAAGCAUCAUACCUCAUGAUGGCAUUAGGAGGGUUCAUUGAAGGCAUCAGCUGGAAUGUAGUCAUCUUCCUCAUGGGCCUUGCGGUGACCACACUAGGCUCGGCCAGCGGACCCCUUGUGCGUGCCAUGAUCACCGAGUUUGUCGAUGCAGAGCAUACUUCCCGGCUUUACGCGCUGACGAGCAUGGUCGAGACACUGGGCUCGCCUCUCGGUGGUCCAGCGCUCGCGUGGGCAUUCACGCUGGGACUAGAGAAGAAGGGAGCCUGGAGGGGUUUGCCAUGGCUCUAUGUUGGAGUAAUGGGUACGUUGACGUGGGCGGCGUUGCUGUUUGUGAGAGAACCAAGAGCAAAGGGUCCCAUCCACCUGGAAAGCCAUAAUCGUGAUAUAGAAGGGAUGGACUAUGAAUCUGGGCCGGAAGAUGAGCCGUGA